CCUCUCGCAACGCCAUUUUGCUCUAGAAAGAAGUGCCAGAAGUGCGCCGUCGCUUGCUGCGUUGGCAAUUUUGUGUUGCGUGGUUCCAUUUCUCGCGAAUAGCUUGAAGAAGUCCUUCGCUUGUGUGAGACGCGACUCGGAUCGCGCAGCCGUGACACCAUGAGCUACGGCCGUGCACCGCCGACUAUCGACGGGAUGACCUCCCUGAAGGUCGACAACCUGACAUAUCGCACCACGCCGGAGGACCUCAAGCGCGUCUUCGAGAGGUACGGAGACGUAGGGGACGUCUACAUCCCGCGUCACCCGUACACCAGGGAGAGCCGAGGGUUCGCCUUCGUUCGCUUCUACGACAAGCGCGACUGCGAGGACGCCAUGGACGCGCUGGACGGCUACAUGAUGGACGGCCGCGAACUGCGCGUGCAAAUGGCGCGCUACGGUAGGCCUACCGAUCCGUACCGCCAGUCGACGUCGUCUUCUCGCUACGGCCCUUCAAGUCGCCGGUCCCGCUCCCGGUCGCGCAGCCGCCGCAGGUCGAGGAGCCGCAGGCGGUCACGGUCUAGGUCACGUCGCCGAUCUCGGAGCCGUUCUCGGUCGCGGCGACGCCGCUCAAGGUCCCGAUCCAGAAGGUCCCGAAGCCGAUCCAGGGAUCGCCGGCGUUCCCGAAGCAGGGCAAGGAAAAGCCGCAGCAGGAGCCGGCGAAAGAGCCGUAGUCGUAGCAGGCGCAAGAGCCGCAGCAAGUCGAGGGAGCGGAGCCGCUCCCGACGUCGUGAGGCCAAGAGGAGCCGAUCAAAAUCCAGGGGCCACAGCCGCUCCAAGUCAAGGGAACGCAGUCCCUCGAAGCAUCGCAGUCGCUCGAAGUCCAAGGACCGCAGCCGAAGCCGACACCGUAGCCGCUCGAAGUCUGAGGAGCGAAGCCGGAGCAAGCAUCGCAGUCGCUCCAAGUCCAAGGAACGCAGCCGAAGCAAGCGGCGCAGCGAAUCCAAGGAACGCAGCCCCAGCAAGCACAGGAGCCGUUCUGGGUCCAAGGAGAGGAGCCGGAGCAAGUCUCACAGAAGCCGCAGCCGAAGCCGCAAGGAGAGUGAGCCACGGGAUCGGAGCCACAGUCCAACGGUGAAUGGAGACUCCCGCAUGCGCAGUGCAUCUCGCAGCCCACGAGAUGAGGGCCGGGAGGACUCGCGGUCGCGUUCACGGUCGCGGAGUCCGAGGCAGAGUGGCAGCCCAGCACCGGGAGAAUCUGACGAGGCAGCCAGGGAGAAGUCCAGAAGCAGGGACCGGUCACGGUCCAAGUCACAGGACUCCAACUGAGGCACGUGAGAGUCCUCGCUGUCUGUUAAGGGUAUUCACCCCAGGCUGGGUUGUAUCAAUGGAACUUUUUGUCUGUCAUUUGAUGUGUGUGUUCUGUGCAUCUUUUGUUAAAAGAUGUACCUGCUUCGAUCCAGCCGCUUUAUCUGGAUGAGAAUGUCUACCACCAAGUCGUGGCACUUUCCAGUUAGUACCCAAGUGUGGCUCUUUUCGCACCUAGUGCAAAGUGGCUUUUCAUAUUUUCAGUGUUAAUGCAUUGGCUGUGAAAAUGUCCGCUCCUGCUCAGGGUUGAGAUGAAAAGUACAGGUAGAAGAAAUGCCUGUCGAAUUUUGUUUCAUCUUUGCCUUGUCAUUUUCCGCUGUAAAUGAAACCAUUUCUUUAAUUACCAUCGCUUUCACAGUAAUACCGACUGCCUUUGUGUGUCUCGCAUUAACAUUGUGAUCGUUACAAAGCAUCAUGAAUGUACAUCUCUCUUCUGAGCAGUGCAAGUGUCUGCAUUGUAAUUGUACCUUUUCCUUUUUCUCUGUAGUUGGGAAUACAGAGCUUUCCUUAUCAAUGGGCUCAACUAUGCCCCAGUAUUUUGCACAUCACAAUAUAUUUGAAUGUUAAGUGUUAACUCUUUGUCAAAGCCUCAUUGCCUCUACCUCUCAUGAGUGCUGUGUUGCUGGUAAUGUUUUAACACUGAAAUGUAAUGGCACACGUGUUGCAUAUGCCUUCAUUUUACUGUCCGAAACUUGACUCAAGGGUUUACAAGGCAUGAAGAGUUAUACUGUGCUGCUCGCGUAGUAUUUUUUCAUCUUAAGCUUUAAAAGUUAACAUUCAGAGGGUUGCGUUGUUGAGAGCCCUAUAUAAAUGGUUCCUCAGGCUAAGGCGCUGCAUCAUUUACAUUGACUUGACAUGCGAGUGGGAUGUGGCUGUUUUCUUCUACAGUGCCUCAAUGCAGUACUUGUCAGUUCAAUAUCUACUAAAUCUGUAGUGUGCAUCAACAGAGGCGCCGUAGAGGGAAACUUCUGUGCUGUGAUCACGUCCAUCCAACACAGGUAGUGAACUAUCGCCUUCACUGGGAAAACUACAUUUUUCUGCAUCUCAUUGUUCUGAACUGAAUCCACAAGUAAGCAGGAUACAAGACGUUAAUGUGCAAGGUGCGACAAACGAAGCACAGCCUUUCCCACAAUGACAUUUCUAAUGGUGCACUCGCGAACAGCUAACAUUAAUGCUAGCAGUGCAUGCAUCUCAAUCAAGAGGUCUGCGCUGCCCAUUUGCACUGAUACCAGUGGGAACUAGCCUUGCUGGCUGUAGCUGAGGGUGGUGAGGUUGUCUGGAGAUGGGCGUUGAGAAAAACUGGUUGCAACAUCCAACAUCUGUGAAAAUGGCAAAGGCCCAGCAUUUUGAGCGCUAGCAGCAAAACUGAGAAGCCAUUUAUGCUGGGCUCCCUGUCAAUGCAACAUUGUUUGAAAUUAUGGGAUCGAACUUCAUUUGAUCAGCACUGCACAAAAGUAUUUGAUCGAUCGAAAAGUAUGCAUUGUUCAGCUGUUGUAUACGAGUGGCCGUCACGGGCUCUUCUGCCCUGGUCGAAAUUGCGGGGUGGGUUUUUUCGGGGAGGGUUGUUUUUCCCUCGCCGGGAUUUCGAAAGAGCACUUCUCGGCUGACUCGUGUUGUGGUUGUACCCCCUGUCAUGCCUGCAGGCGCUGAGCUGUGAGGGUGUUGGUAAGGCGGUGCUUGAUCGUAUGCUGCGUUGCUGCUGCUGCCGUGACUGGUUGCAGCCUGUGCCGAGUUCGGGCGGAGAUGUGCUGUCGGGCUGCACGUCGUGUUUGCGAUCAUUCUUUCUUUUUUUCUUCUUUCCUCCUCCUUUCUUUUU